AGUGCCUCUUUGAUAUUUACUUUAUUUUCGCUAUCGUCUCUAUCAUCUUCAUUCACUACAUUUCUAAAUUUUGUUGCAACAUCUUGGUAAUACGUUGCAUUUUCCCUUUCGUAAGUUAGCAUGAAAUUGCAUAUCAAUAAGGUCUUUCUGACUGGUUCAACUGAACGUCAAAUUUUAAUAUGUGAAAUGAAUCUUACGUCAAAACAUACAAAAGGAAUUAGUGGAUUUUGUUUCUCAGGUAUGUAGAGAGCUAUGAAGCUAAGUAACUCAUAUGAAGAAACUGGAUGUUCGCCAAAAGGUCCUGCGUUAGUUCAACAAUGAAUUGAUGAAAUGCUAGAGACUAAAUUGAGAUGCUAGGUGUGGAGGGCCUACAAGACCAUGUGCUAUGAUCUUCAACGUGGAAUACAGAAUUGAGAAGAAUGAUUGAGAAGUGUGG